AUGAUCAUCUUCUCGUCGCGCAGUGUACUGCUGUCUGUCUAUUACCCACAGAUCUUCCUCAUCCUGACGAGCGGCAGCUACCUGGCCCUGUCCUCGGUGGUGGCUCUGGGUGCCAACAUCAUCUGCAACAAGAUUCCCGGGCUGGCACCUCGCCAGCGGGCCAUCUGCCAGAGCCGCCCGGACGCCAUCAUCGUUGUGGGCGAAGGCGCCCAGAUGGGCAUCAAUGAGUGCCAGUACCAGUUCCGAUAUGGACGCUGGAACUGCUCGGCGCUGGGAGAAAGGACGGUCUUCGGUCAGGAGCUGCGAGUAGUCAGUUUGGGCGGGCAGGCCUGCACUCUGUCUCCCAGCAUGCACGGAACCAAGCCCUGGGACCCAAGCAUGGUGCUUGGCUCCGAGUCCAGACCAGGUUCUGGCAGCGCCGUCUUCGUCCACUCAGAGUGA